GAUAGUGACAUUACCGGAGUGAACCCCGGACAAAAAAUGACUCUGUUCUAGCUCCGUAUUCCUUGUCGAUGAUGUGGUAAAUCUAGUGAUACUGAGCGCGUCCGUAGUUGCGAUGGCCGUUGCCUCCUCCCCAGAGAAGGAUCAGCCCCUCCUCCAGCUCCAGAAGGUGGACUCCAGCCGGGUUGGCAGUCGCGUCCUCUCCCCGAUCCUCAGCUCCUCCCUGGAAACGAGCCAGCCAAUCUGCAUCCCCUCCCCCUACACCGACCUCGGCCACGAUCUCACCGCCAUACCUUUCUACAGUCCGACCAUCUUCAGUUAUACCAGUCCGGGCGUUUCGGACUGCUCCUCCGUCCAUCAGUCACUGAGCCCGUCCUUAUUCUGGCCCAGCCAUGGCCACAUGGGGACCUCCAUACCCGUGCACCAAACUCAGGCUCGGCCUCAGCACGGACAGCCAAUCCAGAGCUCGUGGCUGGAGCUGUCGCCGCUGGACAAUGUGUUCACAAGCAGAAAUGAUGACUCACGCUUCUUUGUUAGUAAGAGUGCGAGGAGGCGUUCUCAGGAGAACGAGGAGGGCGUGGUGUCGUCCGGCGGGAAGGCGGACCUCCACUUCUGUGCCGUGUGCCACGACUACGCCUCGGGCUACCACUACGGCGUCUGGUCGUGUGAGGGGUGCAAGGCCUUCUUCAAGAGGAGCAUCCAAAGACACAAUGACUACAUCUGCCCGGCAACCAAUCAGUGCACUAUAGAUAAGAACCGGCGUAAGAGCUGCCAGGCCUGUCGCCUUCACAAAUGCUACGAAGUCGGCAUGACUAAGUGUGGUAUGCGAAAGGAACGUGGAAGCUACAAGAACCCCCAGACGAGGCGAGUGACCCGUCUGUCGUCACAGGGCAGAGCUAACGGGCCAAGCGUGUUGACUGGACCAGCGGCGGGUUCGUUAAGUGCGCCGCGCCCUCCUGCGCUGACCCCAGAGCAGCUGAUUGAGCGAAUAAUGGAGGCAGAGCCGCCAGAGAUCUACCUGAUGACGGACAUGAGGAGGCCGCUGACGGAAGAAAACGUCAUGAUGUCGCUCACCAACCUGGCUGACAAGGAGCUGGUUCACAUGAUCAGCUGGGCCAAGAAGAUCCCAGGGUUUGUAGAGCUCAGUCUCCUGGACCAGGUGCACCUGUUGGAGUGCUGCUGGCUGGAGGUGCUGAUGAUCGGCCUGAUGUGGAGGUCAGUGGACCAUCCGGGGAAACUUAUCUUCUCCCCCGACCUCAGCCUGAGCAGAGAAGAGGGGAGCUGCGUCCAGGGCUUCGCGGAGAUCUUCGACAUGCUGAUCGCGGCCACGUCCAGAGUCAGAGAGCUCAAGCUGCAGAGGGAGGAGUACGUCUGCCUCAAGGCCAUGAUCCUCCUGAACUCCAACAUGUGCCUCAGCUCCUCGGAGGGCAGCGAGGAGCUGCAGAGUCGCUCCAAGCUGCUGCGUCUUCUGGACGCUGUGACGGACGCCCUGGUGUGGGCCAUCGCCAAAACCGGCCUCACCUUCCGCCAGCAGUACACCCGCCUCGCCCACCUGCUCAUGCUGCUCUCGCACAUCCGCCACGUCAGCAACAAAGGCAUGGAUCAUCUCCACUGCAUGAAAAUGAAGAACAUGGUGCCUCUCUAUGACCUGUUGCUGGAGAUGUUGGAUGCCCACAUCAUGCACAGCUCCCGUCUGCCUCGGCGGCCCCCCCAGCAGGAGUCCGAGGACCAGGCGGAGGCUCCCGCUCGGCCGCACAGCUCCGGCAGCGGCCCCUCAAACUCCUGGACUCCCAGCAGCAGCACCGGAGGUGGAGGUGAACUGCAGUAGUGGGACCAGAAUUCAGAUCGCGAUUAAUUUUCUAAGCUUUGCACAAAACUAGCCCACGAGUUUUACUGGAAGAUUCUGCUGAAUUCUGUGAACUCCCACUGCUGAAGCUUAACCUUUCACACACUGUUCAAAUCUUCAACGUUGAACCUUAAGACGUUAUUCUGCAGACACGGCAAACUUAAACCAUUCAUUGAUUCACCACCACUUAUUGUAAAGCCAGAGAGGAACAGGAACAUCAGAAUUUGGCCAGCACCACCAGCACUUGCUUAAAUGUUCAUAUAAUGUGUUGAUUUCGUAUCAGAUAUUAGAACCACUUCAUGUGUUAAGGCAGGACUGUACUUCACUCAUCACAGUAAUCAAUCAGGGCAUCAGCAGACCUGACAUGUUACCACAGAUAAUACAGCUUGAGCUGGACAGUCAUCUCAGCUAAAUAUAAAUCAUUUUGUCCAUGCAGUCACACAUUUCCCAUUGAAUUGUGUGUGUAAAUAAUGACUGAAGGGAACCAGGCUAGCGAAAAAGUACAAAAAUACUAAUGUAUUGUUCAGUACAGUAGUAGAAUAUAGACAGAAAUGUUUUCAGUGGGGCCAUUGUUUUUUUUGUUUUUGUUUUUUUUUUUUUACUGUCAAAGCAGGAAGUUGAUCAGUUUUGUCAUGUUUAUCGGUCAGAAACAAGCCCAGCAUUGAACGGUAUCUGAAGUCUGCUCUGACGGCUGAUUUGUCAUUUCUGUUGCGUCACAGCAGACCUCCAGUUGACCACUAGAGGGCGUAUUACACCACACACUCUCACAACUGAAGGCCUUCCUGGCUUUAUUGUCCAGGACACCUCACCUGUUUCCUGUUAAGAAUCAGUAUUGCUCUGAACACAAACUUGCACUUUUACUUGUCAAGUUUUGCUUGAAGAAAAGGGAAAUUAUUUUUGUAUCUUUAAACUCUUCACAGUAGCCGUCGUGUGCACAGCCGCGAUGCAGCUUCGACGAUCAGCAUCACUGCAACAAGAGCGCGUAUUGUAGAAAUACUGCACACUUUGAAAACAUCCCCCGUGAACUGAUGAAACAUGGCAAACUGUCACUGUGUACAUGUCCUUCUGUAUGUUCUCAGAAAGCUCGUCACAAUGCACGUGGUUCAGUUCUAGUGAUCACUUUCAACAGUGAUGUGUAACCACGUGACCUGCUGGUCGUUCCGUCAGUUAUCGAACGUUAUCUGCGUCCGUCAGUUUGCAGGUGAUCAUUUGUUUUGGUUGUAUUUUUAUACAUUUGCCCAUUCUCUCUGGUUCACACCAUGAAAUAAAACCAAAAUAUCGUACAGACAAUUCAGUGACCUCCUUCAGUUGUUAAUUAAAUUCCAGAUUGAUGAAAAAAGAACUCAGCAGUCGUGCGUUUUUAUACUUAAAUUAUUUUAUCGUAAGAAAAACACGAGUGAAAUAUGAACAGCAGUACGAGAUUUGAAUAAGAGUCCCGGUUAACAGUGUCCCUCAAAUGCAACAUACACUGUAACAGGAGUGCUUUCUCAUUGUUUGUCUCGCGUUUUUUAGGUCACGAAUGAACUUGAAAGCUCGCACCUCCGAGAAGAUUUUCAGUUACCUUCAUUUUUUUAGUACAUUAGUAACAGACUGGGUGUGGAGCUGA